AUGAAAUUCCAUAAAUAAAGUCUAUACGUAUACGAACAUUUAAUGAUAAGCACGCACGUGAAAGAUGACAAUCAAAAAUAAAAGGCUUAAUGUUAAUUAGUAAUUGCAGAAUUAGAGUGAAUAUAACUAAAAUGUGGUCUGCUCUUCUCGGAACUUUGGCGUUUCAAUCGUUAUACAUGGUUGGCAGCAGUUUAUCGCCAAUUCCAAUAUGUCAGAAUGGUGCUACACAUGAUUAUAUUGGGGACAUAUUUGGAAAGCGUGGUGCAUACGGUAGGCAUAGCGGAACAAGUUUUUCAGCAUAUGGAGCAAGAGGGUAUAAAGGUUCCCUGAAAGGAUUUUCCAAAGCAAAUGUAACGAGAUUUAAUGAAAUAGUUGAAAGAAAAUUUGCGGAACUAAAAGCUGAAAAUGCGGAGCUAAGGGCUGCAGUUGAAGCAAUUAAAAGAAAAAUGAUUCCAUAUCUUGCGCGUUGCUUCCGCAAAAACGGCAAAAUAUCAUGCUUUAAAACAUAUCUCCAUGGUCAAACAACGAAUUUCACUCGUCGAACAAACGAAAACGAGCAAUGUUCAAAAAAGACACAAUGUCGAUGCGCCUCGCCACCAAAACCAAUACCGCCUGUUACGAAGCCGAAGCCCCUCGUUCGUCCAAUUAAUUUACCGAGAGGAAUGAGAAUAAUCGGAUAGAAAUGCGUUCAACUUAUUUUAUGUUUCUUUUUUUCUUUACACUUUUUGAUGGAUGUGACUCGGUUACAUACUUUAUUUUGGCUUAGGUAUGCCACAUGCAACCAAUACUAUUCAACAUUUAUUUUUCUAAAUAUAAGCACUUAUUUUACUGUGUGUUUUACUUGUCGUGUUGUUGUUCUGGUGUAUUUUGUUGUAAAAAAUAUACCGUAUUUGGAGACGAGAAA